AUGCCUCGACUUGUGCGACGACGUCCCCUCUGGGAUCGCAUCACUUCGAUGCUGAACCCGAUGGAUUUUUUACUGUGGCUGUCGGAGGAGAUAGAAACGAGGGACUGGGACUCGGGGCUGGUCGGCACGCAGCUUGGUCUUGGGCUAAACUUUCUGUUCCUCAUUGUGCGUGCGAAUUCGGGAUCGAAGCAGGCAAGUGAUGAUAUUUUCGGCGACGACGGCUCAUCUGGUUGGUUGUCGAUGCUUAUUUAUCCUCUUUCUUGGGGUUUGAUUGCUUUCUCCGUCACCAACGCCGUUUACACCGUUUCGCGAACCAGAAAGUACAGAUUAUUUCAAGCGAAUGUCGAAGUGAAACCGCCUACAGCCUCCGUCCGACGUGUCAAGGUCCAAUCUUCUCCGGUUGCUUCAUCGCCGCUGCGCUUCGUUGCCAAUUUGGUUUCUUCAGAUUCGGCUGAGUCCAGAGCCCAUCCUGACAAGAGUCGUGAUGUAUGGGAACUUUCUAUCUGGGAUCCCCUCCCUGUUUGCAUUAGGCUUGCUUGCUUGUUUAGUCCCGGGCAUGUGCUUGUUUAUUUGAUCUUCUUGCCUCUGGCACCGUUAGAUCCUCGGCCCAGCGUCACGGUGUUCAACACCUUGAUUAUGCAAAUUGUCUUGUCUCUGCAGAUGAUUUUACUAUCGUCGAGAUAUUCACAGCAAGCCAAGGAUAGCGCCAUUGUCCAGAAAGAGGUUUUCAACGAAUAUGACACUAAAUUUGUUCAGCCGCGCAUCCAUCCUUUGGUCAGAGACGUGGGAACGCAAAUGUCUGAGGACCAGCCUGCGAUUUCGAGGGAGUUUGUUCAAGUUGGCACGCCGACUACACUCAUCAGACGAUCGUUCAUUUCGCACGGCAAUCCACACGUUGAUUCUGAGGAACCUACACCCUCCGUAUAUAGGUCUAACAGUCCCAGUGUGAGCACUGGCAACGUCAUGAAGCCGCAAAUGUUCACCCCUGCCACUGCCAGCCGACGAUCAGAAAUGUUCACCCCUGCAGUAAGCAGUCACCGGUCAUCAGGUCUCCGACAUAGCUUGCCGGCGGGCUAUACGCCAGUGAACAAUACUCCUGCAGCUUAUACGCCUGCUCCGCCUUCGACCGCUACCGUGGGCACAUCCACAGGCGUGAACCCGAAUUUUGGGGGUAAUUUCGGCGUUUACUCACACCAAAAGUCGCCGUUAAAAAAGACUAUCAGUAUGGGUGACAUGAAUAGCGACAACUUCUCGCCGAGGAAUUCAAGAGAGAUGGCCGCGUACGAGCAGCGUGGCCAGGAACCCCCUAGCAGUCCGACGAAAUAUUCGGAGCAUAGACGACUCACGGGUACGAAUAUCAAUAGCUCACCCCAUCCGUUUGCUAACAUGGGUAAACACUCUGCAGCAGAAAGGUUUCCCAAGAGGUGGCGAGGCUAG